UGUUACUUGGAUAACUGUAUUUUGUUCUGUAGCUUUUUCAAUCUCCCGUAUGCCUGUUGUAUUUUGUGAUUCUUAUUUUCGAUUAUUAUUUUCAUUACAAAAACUCAAAAUGACUCUAUAGCGUAAAAAGUUAUGUUAAAAGUGUCAAUUUCGGCUAUUUCUACGAUUAUAUUGAGUGUUGAAUGUGACGUUAGUGUAUAUUAUGUGUGAUAAAGGUUACAAUACCAGAAUGAAACAUACUUGUGCUUUGUAGAAAUAAACGACUGCGGAAAAUGGAGCACUCCGACUUAGUGGCAGAGAUGGCACAGGUGGAGCAUCUUACUACACAGGAGAGGCUUCAUCUUGCUAGAAGACGUCGCAUGCAGCAACUGAAACUAUGGCAACAGAGAGAGAAAGAGUGGGCACGAUCAAGACCGAAGAGAGAGAAGAGUAAUAAACGCAACAUUUUUUUCAACGAUAGUGUUAUGUUGCUGGAAGCAGCAGCAAGGAAUGAUAUUGAUGAAGUGAGAAGAUUGUUGGCAAGAGGUGUAACUCCUGAUGCUACAAACGAAGAUGGAUUAACAGCAUUACAUCAAUGUUGUAUAGAUAAUAACGAAGCCAUGAUGCGACUCUUACUAGAUCAUGGAGCAAAUGUCAAUGCUGAAGACAGCGAAAAAUGGACACCUUUACACGCUGCAGCUACCUGUGGUAACCUCAACCUUGUUAGGAUAUUAAUACAAAGAGGGGCGAAUUUAUUAGCUGUUAAUGGAGACGGGAAUAUGCCAUAUGAUAUUUGUGAAGAAGAAAGAACUCUGGAUGCGAUAGAAAGUGAAAUGGCGGCUAGAGGAGUUACUCAAAGGUUGAUAGAUGAAACACGAGCGGCGACAGAGAUGAAAAUGUUGAUGGAUGUUGCUGAUCUAGUCAAAGAUGGAUUGGAUUUAGAUGAACCUAGAGAUAAUCAAGGUGCUACUUUGUUGCACAUAGCGUCUGCGAACGGUUACCUGAAGGUGGUGGAGUUCCUGCUGGAGCAUCGCGCCAGCACCGACGUGGUGGACCACGACAUGUGGCAGCCGGUGCACGCCGCCGCCUGCUGGGGACAUUUAGAAGUAUUAGAACUACUGGUGCAGUACGGAGCUGACCUCAACGUUAGGAACAAGCACGACGAGACGCCCGCCGAUAUAUGCGAGGAGGGCGAGAUCCGCACACGCAUCGCGCGGCUUGCGGCCGAGCAGGAGGAGAUCAGGCGACGCGCCGCGCACUCCGCCGGCGAGAGACUGCGCACCGCUCGCCGCUCCUCCUCCACAGCCAGCACCAGCAGAGUACGGUCAGUACGGCGGACGUCAUUGCGAGAGAAGCAAAUGGCGGCUAAAGCGGACGCCAGAGGUGAAGCGAGACUCCGGGAGACAUUUGACUCCGCUGCUGAUGAUGAGCUGCAGGGUCUGUCUAACGGUGUGGAAAAUGACCAAAACACUGCAAACCAACUUCCAUCUAACGAUAUAACGCACAAUCGCCUAUCGAUUAGCUCUACAACAUCCAAUCAGAGUUACGAUUCUGGUAACGUAGAUUACGCUAUACCCAAGCACACGUACAACCAACGAUUACCUUACAAAUCAAACGAUGAAACAAACGAAAAGACAAACAAUCAAACGAAACCAACAAAUCCACUAUUCGGUGUUAACGCAGCCAUACAUUACGCACCUACACCAGUUAAUCAAGAUGCGAAUGAUAAAUACGAUAGAACGUUACCCAACGGUGUAAGAAAAGCCCCAGAAGGUCAGGAUAAUGAAGCUUACAAAACUGAAGACGCGAUUGACGGUAGGAAAGAAAUAACAUCCAAUCAGAUCGCAAUAACAGACGGCAGUACAGCUUCCUACACCACAGAUAACAAUGGUAAAAUCAAUGUUCAUGUCACCGUCAUGAUUAAUGCAGGAACGUUAGCAGAUUUGAAGAAGCAGCGAGCACAAAUAAGAACUAACGGUAGUCCGGUAGAGAACAGUUUGAAUUCAACGACCAAUCAUAGUAUGAACUCGUUACCUGAAGGUGUUACAAAGCAAGAGGGGUCAAGCCAAGUGGUCCAGUCGGCCAGUAUCACUGUGCCGAGGUUCUCAGGACAUACCAGUGAAGUGGUAGGUGAUACAAAGUCGCAUCGGUGCUGUAUUAUAAUGUAAUUUAUUGGACAAACUACCCUCAAUUAGGUUUUGUACAAGUCUGAUUUGCAUUCCAAAAAAUAUUUUUUAAACUACCCACAACGAUGUAGUCUGUUCAUUUUAAAUAUUUUAUUAAUAUACUAAAAUGAUAUACAGUCGAACCAGGUUAAACGAGAAACAUAAGUCAUUGUCCGGCUCCAAAGGAUCAAAUCCGUAAAUAAGAAACUCAUGUAAUAAAAUUUCUUGAGCUACAUAAAUAUUGCUUAGAUUCUCCUUUAUCCGGGUUUAACUGUAUUGGAUUGUUUUACAAAAAAAAUAAUUAAAAUAGACCGACUAUAAUUCGAUAUUCGAAGCCUAAUUGCCGCCUUGUUGGAUGAUUAAGAUGUCCUUUUUUGCCAUUUUGCCUUCGUAAAUCAACGGCUUGCCAACUUAAAGAAUUGUGUGAUAGCGACUUAAGAGCUCAACUUAUAAAUAGAGGUAAGGAGAUAUGGUAGCUGUUAUUAUUAAUAAUAUGUAGAAAAUUAUUAUUAUUUAGUUAUUAAUAAUUGUUGUAUAUCUUUCGUUGUAUCUUUCCUAUUUAUACAUUCCAUUAUUAUAAUGAAUAUAUUGAUGA